AUGCCGGAGAGAAAUACUGGGCUUGGUGACGGCAAUGAUGCCGCCUCUCGCAAGAUCAGCAACGGGACCGAAGAUCCCACCUGUCGCUCGAUCGAGCUGACGUGCCAUGACUACACUGUCGGAUGGAUCUGCGCAUUGCCAAAGGAGCAGACCGCAGCGACCGCUAUGCUCGACCAAAUCCAUUCCGAUAUCCCUAAACCGCCAAAUGAUCCUAAUACAUACACCCUAGGAUGUAUCGGCAGACACAAUAUCGUUAUAACCUGUCUGCCGAAAGGGAAAAUCGGUAACAACUCAGCUGCUACUUCCGCUGCCCAGAUGGCGCGCACUUUCCCAUCUAUCAAGGUUGGCCUGAUGGUUGGAAUUGGUGGCGGUAUUCCGCCUCGCGUUAGACUUGGCGACGUUGUGAUCAGUGUACCUGUCGCUGAGUUUCCUGGCGUGGUCCAGUGGGAUAUCGGCAAAGUGGAAGAGGACGGUUUCAAACGAAUUGGGGCGCUGAACAAUCCGCCAACCGCACUGCUUACGGCAUUGACAAAACUUGAGACUAAGCAUGAGAUGCAUGGAUCUCGGAUACGUCAAUACCUUGAUGAUUUGGGAAGCAAAUAUCCAAACCUGGUGUCAAAGUACACCUGGUCCGAUUCCCUUCAGGACCCUUUAUCUUCCCCAGCAGUUUCUGAUCAUUCUCGGAGUGGGUGGCAAGUCAUUCUUUUCUCACUCUGGAGCCUGGUUCUGGCUUUAUACAGAUACCUCUCCGGGAGUGGAUUGCUUGCUGUAGAUUCUAGAGCUGAAUCAGCGGUACCUACUGUGUAUCAUGACGUGCACAAUACUCGAAGAAGGUCGGCUGACGUACGCGUGCAUUAUGGCCUAAUCGCAAGUGGGAAUAAGGUCAUUAAGAACGCCGUGGAUCGUGACAGAUUGAAUGAAAGUCUUGGUGGGAAUGUCUUAUGUGUCGAAAUGGAGGCGGCUGGCCUCAUGAAUAACUUCCCAUGCAUUGUCAUCCGGGGAAUAUGUGAUUAUGCCGACGCACAGAAGAACAAGGAUUGGCAGGAAUAUGCUGCGGCUAUCGCUGCAGCGUGUGCGAAGGAACUUCUCGAACAUGUGCAGCCUAACGACGUGGACGGAGAGCGUCCACUGAAAGACAUCCUAGGCGAUGUUAACGCAACCCUUCAGAGGACAGACGCCAAUGUUAAAACAAUCCGAUCCAAGUUAGACAGAAAAGAAGACCUUGAGAUCCUUGAUUGGCUUACUGGAAUUGACUACGGCCCGCAACAUAGCGACCAUUUGAAAAGACGGCAGUCUGGCACUGGCCAAUGGUUCUUAGACUCCGUCGAAUACCAGAAUUGGCGAAGCUCAAGCCAGCAGACGUUGCUCGGUGUAGGGAUUCCCGGAGCGGGAAAAACAAUCCUGGCCGCAAUAGUCAUUGACGACCUCACCACCAGGUUUGGACACGACUCGUCGAUUGGCAUUGCAUAUAUAUAUUUCAACUUUCGCCAAAAACAGCAGCAAAGACGUGAAGAUCUAGUAUCAAGUCUAUUGAAGCAACUGAGCCAGGGCUGGCCUUCCUUACCCGAUAGGGUUGAAAAUCUUUAUAACAAACAUACACGCAAGAAGACACGCCCAUCAUUUGACGAACUUUGCAAGGCUCUCUUGUAUGUGGCGGCUCUUUAUUCGAAGACUUUCAUUAUUGUUGACGCACUCGAUGAAUGCGAAGUAUCUGACGGGUGUUUGUCAAGCCUCUUGUCAGAGAUUUUCGCUCUACAGAGCAAAGCUGCAGUGAAUCUUUUUGCUACCUCGAGGCCCAUCCCGGAGAUUGAGGAAAGGUUUGAUGGAUGUACUCUACAUCACAUCUCUGCUUCCGAAGAGGAUAUACGAAGUUAUCUCAAUAGUCAUAUGACUCGGCUGCCAGAAUUUGUUCUCGAGAACCCAGAAUUGCAAGAGAGGGUCAAGGCUGGGAUUAUUGACGCCGCUGAUGGAAUGUUUUUGCUCGCACGGCUCCACCUAGAUUCACUCAUUGGAAUGAAGUCGCCGAAGGCCAUCGAAAUAGCGCUUAAGAAGCUUCCCAAAGGAUCAAAUGCGUAUGACAAUGCGUAUGAUGAGGCCAUGGAAAGAAUAAAGGGACAAGCACCCGCCUGUCAGAAGACAGCAGAGUGGACUCUAAAAUGGAUUACCUUUGCGAGGAGGCAGCUGAGUGUCCCAGAGCUGCAGCACGCCUUAGCAGUUGAAGUGGGUGAAACUGAAUUCGAUGCUUGCAACAUUUCACGAAAAGCCUAUAUUCUAUCCAUCUGUGCUGGACUAGUUACGGUUGAUGAAGAGAGCAAUAUCAUCCGUCUAGUCCAUUACACAACACAAGAAUACUUUGAGCGGACACGGCACGACUUGUUUGAAAAUGCAGAGGCCGAUCUUUCAAAAGUUUGUGUCUCUUAUCUGUCCUUUCGUGCGUUUGAUAGCGGGCCUUGUCAAACACGGAAUGAGUUUUUGGAGCGAUUGGAGUUGAACAAGUUCUACGACUAUUCCGCAAACUACUGGGGACAUCAUGCUCGCGAGGCUUCCAGUUUAUGUCCAGAAGUCACAGACCUUCUCGACUGCGAGCCAAAGGUAGAUGCAUCAAGCCAGGCACUGUUAAAUUACGAUUUUCACGAUGACCCCCAGUUUGUUAAGGAUCCACGAAUGACAGGGCUUCACCUAGCAUCGUUCUUCGGAAUAGGAGAAGCAAUCAAGACGAUGUUGCAACAACGAGUCGAAAUUAAUGCAGAAGACCAAGAAGGUCGGACACCACUGUCAUGGGCAGCCGAAAAUGGCCGCGAGCUAGUGGUUAAGCUGCUACUCGACAGGGGUGCUCGUCUAGAGACAAAGGAUAAUGUCUUUUGUCAAACUCCGUUGUCAUUGGCAGCCCAAAAUGGUCAUAACCUAGUGGUUAAGCUACUACUCGACAAGGGUGCUUGUCUAGAGACAAAGGACAACUUUGGUCAAACACCGCUGUCAUUGGCUGCCGGAAAUGGUCAUGACCUAGUGGUUAAGCUGCUACUCGACAAGGGUGCUUGUCUAGAGACAAAGGAUAACUGUGGUCAAACACCGCUGUCAUUGGCUGCCGGAAAUGGUCAUGACCUAGUGGUUAAGCUGCUACUCGACAAGGGUGCUUGUCUAGAGACAAAGGAUAACUGUGGUCAAACUCCGCUAUUAUGGGCUGCCAGAAAUGGCCAUAAGUUAGUGGUUAAGCUGCUACUCGAUAAGGGUGCUGAUCCAGAUGUAAAGGAUGACAAAGGCCAAACACCGCUAUCACUGGCUGCCAGAUAUGGUGGUGAAUCAGUGGUCGAGCUCUUACUCGAUAAGGGCGCUGAUCCAGAGACAAAGGACUAG